AUGGAAUUAAAUAGAACGCGCAAAGGGCCGCUGCCUGGGGGUCGCCGGGGCGCGUCUGGAGCUGGCGCUGGACGCGGCAGCAUGCGGGCCGCCAGCCGAGCGCGAGGAGCUGCACGGUCACCUAGCAGCCCUCCGCAUCCAUCAUCCCCACCAGAAGGCUUGGUGUCGGCUGGGUCUUCUCAGACUCAGCAAGCGACACCCGCCGCUGGUGGAGCACGUCGCAUGCGUUGGUCACAAGAAAUGAAUGCAAACGCACUGCGGGCGUAUUUUAGGGCAAAAGGGGAAGAAACUGGAUGUUUGGCGUAUCGGGCUAGGAUGCAUCGUCUUUUUGCUGAGCUGGAGCCAUCUUUAACCGUCACAGAGCAAAACCUGGCAGACCGAGUUCGGUAUAUCUUGCGCUCAAAUAUAUUUGAUGUCGCCGAACUCGAACGGCUACGACGUGAGGCUGUUCCCUCGUCGGAUGAGAAUGCUACGGCUGAGGAUGCGGCGCCACAAAUGGUAGAGCAAGCCGCAAACGUGGAUGCCGCCGUGAAUACCCCAGUUGUGGUUGAUUCAAACGAUGAUGGAACAGUCGCCCAGGAACUGGAAUUAGAGCAUAUGAGGAGUAAGAGGCGAUUGUGGAAACGCGUAGUACGCCUCUCGAAAAUCGACCGCGACUUCCCCGCAUAG